CUCCCGGAACAGCACACCAUGGAAAACUUGAAACCAUUCGAACAUUUUGCCACAAAUGCUCUCCAUGCUGGGCAGGAACCAGAACAAUGGAAAUGCAAGGCUGUCGUUCCUAUGAUUUCUAUGUCAACGACAUUUAAACAAGAGGGACCCGGUCAACAUUCCGGAUAUGAGUACUCCAGGAGUGGAAAUCCCACACGUACUUGUUUAGAAAAAUGUAUCGCUGCUCUAGAAAAUGCCAAAUAUGGAAUGGUGUUUGCCUCAGGUCUGGCCACUACUACUGCAAUCACUCACCUACUUAAGCAAGGGGAUCAUAUCGUCAGUAUGAAUGAUCUGUAUGGAGGAACUAACAGAUACUUUAAGAAAGUAGCUUCAAGAAUGGGAAUUGAGACAUCAUUUGUGGAUUGUACUGUGCCAAAGAAUGUUUCAGCUGCGAUCAGGCCCAACACUAAGAUGGUCUGGAUGGAGACACCUACCAACCCUACCAUGCAGCUUGUGGACAUUGAGGCAGUGGUCAGUGUGGUCAAGGCCGUGAACAAAGAUAUCUUUGUGGUUGUGGAUAACACAUUCAUGUCGUCUUACUUUCAGAGGCCAUUAUGUUUAGGAGCAGAUAUCGUGAUGCAUUCCCUGACCAAGUAUAUGAAUGGCCACUCUGAUUCUGUGAUGGGAGCACUGGCCACUAACAGUGAUUCUCAUGCUGAGCAACUCAGAUUCCUGCAAAAUGCGUUUGGACCAAUCCCAUCCCCAUUUGAUUGUUUCUUGGUAAACAGAGGCCUGAAGACCCUCCAUGUUAGGAUGAAGGAACACAUGAAAAAUGGCUUGGCUGUUGCUAAAUUCCUAGAAGCCCAUCGUUGUGUGGACAAAGUUAUCCAUCCAGGCCUGCCGUCUCACCCUCAGCAUGAACUAGCCAAGAAACAAAUGAGGGGGUUCAGUGGUAUGGUCACAUUUUACAUUCAAGGAGGACUGAAUGAGGCGUCAACCUUCCUGAAAAGUCUCAAGGUUUUCACCCUGGCAGAAAGUUUAGGAGGUUUUGAGAGUUUAGCAGAACUUCCUUCUGUGAUGACACAUGCCUCAGUACCUAUUGAGGAACGAGACCAGCUGGGGAUCUCUGACAAUCUCAUCCGACUGUCUGUUGGUCUAGAGGACGAAGCUGACCUGUUGGCUGACCUUGACCAAGCCUUAAAAGCAGCAGUGCUGUAGGCCUUUUUGCGAGGACCCCAGUAUUUUUCUCUCCAUAUCUGACGCUAAAUACUGGAUAUUCCACUUUCCCCUACAAUGUGUA